CGCCCAGUAAGGGAACUUUUCGGAGCUAUUCUAAUUUUGACUUAUUGUCCGACUCGGGAGAUCGAGUUAUUUUGGUCUCGUGGACGGGGACAUGUGGACAUCACUGACUGUUGACGUCGUCUUGAAGAUAAAAGCAUCGUAGUUCGAGUAGACCAGGACACCACCACUCAACUCUCCAUUCACCUUCAACAGUCUCAGCUGCUAUGACAGACACCGUUCUCAUCGUUGGCGCAGGACCUUCAGGUCUCGUCCUCGCUCUUUCUCUGAUAAAGAAUGGUGUACCCGUACGAAUUAUCGACAAAGAACGUUCAAAUUACAAAGUCGGUCAAAAAGGCUCUGGCGUUCAUCCGCGAACCAUGGAGGUAUACAAACUCCUAGGUGUCCUUCCCGAUAUCCUAGAGGAGUCUGGGAAGUCACAUCCUCUCAUAAUGUACGAGCCAGAUGGUGUCAACAUCAGAGUACGAAUGCCAAUGUCCGAGGAGUUGGAGAGUACUCCCGAUCGUCCUAUCAUUAAUCCUAUUCUCAUUGGUCAGGACGCGCACGAAGAAGUGCUGCGUAACUAUCUUGCAAAGUUCGGAUGCGUGGUCGAAACCGGGACAGAACUGGUGUCGUUUGAACAGAGUGCCGACCAUGUCACUGCCCAUCUCUUGAAAUGGAAUGAAGCCAAUGAGCAGGUCCCUGAGACUGCUGAAGUCGCCUGGCUCAUUGGCACAGAUGGCGGGAAGAGUACGGUACGUAAACAACUGGGCCUCACGUUUAUGGGAGAGACAAAGUCGGCGGAGCGAUGGGUUAUAGGCGACAUUCAAAUCAUCAACUCACCAUUAGACCAAUCUUCGUGGCAUGUAUGGGGAGAUGCUUCUAGCCGAACGGUAUCUCUGCGACCGUACUUGAAACCGGGAGACGACAGGUACUACGUUAUCGCUGCGGGUCCUGAGCUCAAUCGCGAAAGAAUGGCUUCCGGCCGUGAAGGCUUUAUCCAGGAGUUCCGUGAAAUCUCCAACCGCAACGAUAUCAACUUUGGCCAGGUGAUCUUCCUUUCCCAGUUCCAAGUUAACGUCCGAAUGGUGAACAAAUUCGGAGUAGGACGGGUAUUUGUUGCUGGAGAUGCCGCGCAUGUUCAUAGUCCUACCGGCGGCCAGGGUAUCAAUACAGGCGUAUUAGAUGCAAACAACCUUGCAUGGAAACUCGCCCUCGUACACAAACUCCUCGCUCCACCCUCCCUCCUCGAGACAUACAAUGCCGAGCGGCUCCCCGUCGUCGCUGCCAUGCUCGAAUGCACCACCGAGCUCUUCAACAAGACCUUUAAACGCGCCGAAGACAACCACACCGGGUGGUUCCGGGGUUACAUCCUCCGCCAGUUUGGCGUCACCUACCGCGGGAGCCCGAUCGUCGUCGAUGAGACGAACCCAGGAGAUGAGGCGGUCGACCCGUAUAGGUCUGGCCUCGAUGGACGCGUUCAGGGUGGGGACAGGGCCCCUGAGGCGCCGGGGUUGGUGAGUGCCGACGGAGGUAAGGUUGCGCUAUUUGACAGGUUUGGGCCUGCGCACCAUACGGUUCUCGUGUUUUCGGAUGAUGUGAAGAUGCAUAUGGACGUUAUCGAUAGGCUGAAAUCAUAUUCGUCGGCCCUGGUAAAGCCUAUCAUCAUUCUGCCGAAGAAUUCUGCUGUUAAAGCGGAGGGUGAUAUAUUGAAGGACGAGGAGGGGUAUGCUUUCAAGCAUUAUAAUAUUGAGGAAGGAACGAGUCUUGUAGUGGUCGUUCGACCUGAUGGAGUGGUUGGGGCGCGUCUGAAUACUGCGGAGGGACUGAAGUCUUACUUCGAGCCUAUUUUCUUCUAAGGGCCAAGAGAGCUGACAUGGACAACCUGACAUUUCUGUAUCCAUUUAUUCCAAAUUUUUUCCCCACUGCAUUGUAUUUACAGCUACCAAUGUGUCAUAAUAAAAAAAAACUGCUUAUCUUCAUGAAAGUGUCA